CUUAACCCAAACGAAACUUCAUUUUCUUUACCGCCGGCAAGUCGUAUCCAUGACUAGGAAGUCGGGCCGAUUUCAAGUUCUGCCAUUCCGAAGGACCGCCGGUACCCGAUAGAUUUCUCGCCCUGUCGCCCAGCUCCGCCGGGACACAGCACCUGCCGCCGUAGUCUCGCAUCGAAGGGCAAGUCGUCGUUUAGUUCUCUGGAAACCUGACCCAAUCGCUAGCGGAAAAACGAGUAGCAGAGGUCGGUUUUUUUUCCCGCGAUUAACAACAGAGCGAGAUAGCAUUUGAAGGUAGGAAUUUAGGGUUUUCUGCGUGUUAGGUUAAUGUCGUCGGGCAAGCCCAACGACGGGGACUUGCAGUUAGUACCAGCGGCGGCGGCAGAUAAUCCAAGGCCGCCAGCAGUUCCGCCGCGUACCCUGGCCACGUCCGCGGGAUCAAAUGCAAUCGUCGAGUAUACAGGGCCGGUGUUCAAGGAAGAGGAGGAGGACUUGGAGCUCAAGCUUCGGCGGAUACUUGAGAAUGUACCUGUUCGAGUCAGCAAUACUUCUGGUAGUUCCGCCGGUGCCGGUUCGGGUGACUUUCACCAGUAUCGGCAAAUGAGGCGGAAAGAGCAAGAUCGGGUUGCUAGGAUGGAGGUCGACUACGCGAGAAGGAAAGAAGAAGCAGAAUUCAAAAUGAGAAGGGAGGAAAGGUUGAAAGCCGAAGAGGAGCAGAGAGCCAAAAAACGUGCCAAACGGCAAAAGAAGAAGCAGAAGAAGAAAGAGAGGAGGAAGAUGCCACAAGGUCCUGCCGAAGGAGGAGCAGAGCGACAGAAACAAGAAUCCUCAGAUGAUGGAUCCGAGAGCGAGGAUGAAGCAACAAAGUGAAGUUCCGCUGAAUGCUUCAAGUUUCAGACUUUCUUCUAUUUCGAGCUUUUUCUUCUCCGCCAUACUAUCGAUUCUGCAUUCUGCAAUGUAUCUAAACCAGCUGUAGACUGUAGUUGUGUUAGAUCCAAAUAGGCAUGUUGUCAAGCAUUUCUGAGAGUACAUGCCCAUGUAGCUUCUAUCUAUUGUGGUUUCGAGUUUAUAGUCAACCGUUGACUUCCACAACGUGAACUGAUUCCCUGAAGUGGGCCAGCUGUGAAAUUUUCAGACUGUUCUUUGGGCUAUUAAUCCAUCGAUGAAGGUCCACGGCCCGGCUCUGACCAAAUUGCCAA